AUGGCCAGCGGGCCACACGCCGCCGAAGACCAGGGCCACCUGCUCGAGGAUGCUCUCGGCGUUGUCCGGCAGCAGUCGCUGAUGAUGCGACGAUGUCUGGAAACUCCUGGGAAGCUGAUGGAUGCUCUGAAAUGCGCCUCUACGUUGAUUUCGGAGCUUCGCACGCCCAGCUUACCCCCAAAACAAUACUAUGAGCUAUAUAUGGCCGUAUUCGAUGCGCUUCGUCACUUGUCCGACUAUCUUCGUGACAGCCACCCGGUGAACCACCUAGCCGACUUGUACGAACUCGUGCAAUAUGCUGGCAACAUCAUUCCCCGCCUCUACCUCAUGAUCACGGUUGGCACCGUAUAUAUGGCGAUUCCGGAUGCGCCGGUCAAGGAAAUUAUGAAAGAUAUGAUGGAAAUGAGCCGAGGCGUGCAACAUCCAGUGCGCGGCCUCUUUUUGAGAUACUACCUGUCUGGCCAGGCUCGGGAUCAUUUGCCAAGUGGCACUGGAGAUGGCCCUCAGGGAAACGUUCAAGAUUCAAUCAAUUUUAUUUUGACCAAUUUCGUUGAAAUGAACAAGUUGUGGGUUCGAUUUCAGCAUCAAGGACACUCGCGGGAGCGGGAGCAGAGAACUCAGGAGAGACGGGAACUUGAAGUAUUAGUUGGCAGUAAUUUGGUUCGCCUGAGCCAAUUAGUGGAUUUAGAAACCUAUAAAUCUGUGAUAUUGCAGCCACUUUUGGAGCAAGUCGUUCAAUGUCGAGAUGUGCUGGCUCAAGAGUAUCUACUAGAAGUGAUAACAAAAGCCUUCCCCGACGAAUACCACCUUCAUACCCUUGAUACUUUACUCACUGCUAUUUCGAGACUAAACCCACAUGUCGAUAUGAAAAAAAUCGUCAUUGGUUUAAUGGAUAGGUUGUCGUCAUAUGCGAGCCGUGAACCUGAGAGUAAUAACACUCCUGAAGCUAAAAGAGAAGCUGAAGAAGAAGCCACGCGAAGAUUACUGGAACGUGUCAAGAUAUCCAAGGAGAAUGAGCGGAUCGAGAGUACUGACGCCAAACCGGGUGAUUCAGUCCAGCCAGAAGGCGUCGAUAAGGAAGACGGCAACCAGGAAUCCAAGUUAGAGAAGGAGCCCGAGGCAACAGUACCAACGAAAGAGGAGACGACUGAUGAUACCGAUGCGCCCAAGCCAAUGUUACCUGGAGAUAUCAAGCUCUAUGAAAUAUUUUAUGAGCAGGUGAUAAACUUGGUAAAAACUAGAUCAUUACCCAUCCAGGAUACCAUUGCCCUCUUAGGCUCUCUUAUAAACCUCGCACUAAAUAUAUAUCCGAAUAGACUAGAAUAUGUUGAUCAAGUUCUUGACUUUGCGACCAAAAAAACGCUAGAAUAUGCUGACAGCGCUGACCUACACUCGGCCCCGGCACAGUCUAGCCUUCUUAACCUGCUCCUAGCUCCUGUUAACUCGUAUACCUCGAUAUUUACGCCAUUGUCGCUCCCGAACUAUAUUCCCCUAUACGCUGCGCAAUCCUACCCAACUCGAAGAGCUGUUGCUGGAGACAUUGCUCGCAAAAUUUUGAACAAUAACAUCUGGAUCAGGACAAUGGAGAACCUUAAUAAUGUCCUUCAAAUCCUGAAAGUUCUGAUCAAAGAAGGAAUGCAGCAGCCACUGGGUUAUCCUGGAGUUUCGUCACAACGGCGUGGAGAAACGGAUGAGACGAUUGAGGAACAAGGAUGGCUUGCACGGAUUGUGCACUUUAUUCAGGCUCCUGACAAUGAGACUCAGUUCAAGCUCCUUCAAAAAACAAAAACAGCAUAUACGGACGGAAACGAGAGGAUCCGAUAUACCACCCCCCCUCUUAUCACCGCGUCGCUGAAAUUAGCUAGAAAUCUUAAAAAACGAGAGCAUUUCGAAGAUAACUUCCAAUCACAGUCUACGGCACUGUUCAGAUUCAUGCAUCAGUGCGUGAGCACUCUAUAUCAACGUGUUAAUUCAGGAUGCGCGGAUCUUUCAUUACGUCUCUUCGUUUUCUGCGGGCAAGUUGCUGAUGAGGUUGGAUUUGAGGAAUUUAGCUAUGAAUUCUUUGCACAGGCAUUCACAGUAUAUGAGGAUUCGAUUAGUGAUUCAAGAGCGCAGUUUCAAGCUGUCUGCAUUCUUAUCAGUGCACUAUACGGAACACGACACUUUACAAGAGAAAAUUAUGACACCCUAAUUACUAAGGCUGCCUUGCAUGGAAGCAAGUUACUGAAGAAGCCGGACCAAUGUCGCGCAGUUUAUCUUGCUAGUCAUCUUUGGUGGGUUAUGGAUGGCCCUCAGAAAGAAGGAGAGGAGCCAAAAGUGGUAUAUCGCGACGGAAAACGAGUUUUAGAAUGUCUUCAACGUGCUCUCCGCGUGGCCGAUGCCUGCAUGGACACUGCUGUCUCUGUUGAACUCUUCAUUGAAAUCCUCAAUCGCUACGUCUACUACUUUGACCAGCAAAACGAGAGCGUCACUACGAAAUAUCUCAAUGGGCUCAUCGAGCUUAUUCACUCCAAUCUCCAGACCAACCAAGUCGACGGAAACGUUAACUCAAGCCUAGACAACCCCAAACGGCAUUUCCAGCGUACCUUGGAUUAUAUAAAAUCGAGAGGAUAUGAAGGCGUCGUCACAGAGGCAGCCAUGUGA